AUGCCAGUCAAGGUCGGAAUCAACGGUUUCGGUCGUAUCGGCCGUAUCGUCCUUCGUAAUGCCCUCCUCCACGGAGACAUCGAUGUCGUCGCCGUGAACGAUCCUUUCCUCGACCUCGACUACAUGGCCUACAUGUUCAAGUAUGACUCGGUCCAUGGCCGCUUCAAGGGCACCGUUGAGACCAAAGACGGAAAGCUCUACGUCGACGGCAAGGCCAUCCACGUCUACGUUGAGAAGGAUCCCGCCAACAUCCCUUGGGGGUCCGUCGGUGCCGAGUACAUUGUUGAGUCGACAGGCGUGUUCACCACGACCGAGAAGGCAUCUGCCCACCUCAAGGGUGGUGCCAAGAAGGUCGUUAUCACGGCGCCCUCGGCAGAUGCGCCCAUGUUUGUCUGCGGUGUCAACCUCGACGCGUACGAUCCCAAAUACAAAGUCAUUUCGAAUGCGAGCUGCACCACCAACUGCCUUGCGCCGCUCGUCAAGGUCAUUCACGACAAGUUCGGCAUUAUCGAGGGUCUCAUGACGACCGUGCACUCCACGACCGCGACCCAGAAGACCGUCGACGGCCCCAGCCACAAGGAUUGGCGCGGCGGCCGUGCAGUCGGCAACAACAUCAUCCCCUCGUCCACUGGUGCUGCCAAGGCCGUCGGCAAAGUAAUUCCUUCGCUCAACGGCAAGCUCACCGGUCUCGCGUUCCGUGUGCCGACAAUUGAUGUCUCGGUCGUGGAUCUCGUCGUCCGCCUUGAGAAGGGUGCAACAUAUGACGAGAUCAAGGCUGCCAUUCAGGAGGCUGCUGCGGGCCCGAUGAAGGGUAUCAUGGCAUACACCGACGAGAAAGUUGUCAGCACCGACUUCACGGGUAACGACGCGAGCAGUAUCUUCGACGCUGACGCCGGCAUUCCACUUAACAAGCACUUUGUCAAGCUCAUCGCUUGGUACGACAACGAGUGGGGUUACUCGAAGCGUGUCUGCGACCUGCUCGCGUACGCGGCGAAGAAGGAUGGCGCGUACUAG